AUGACCUGGCCACCUCCCUGCUGGCUCUGGGUUCUGGGGACUCUAGUGGGGCUCUCAGCUACCCCAGGCCCCAAGGGCUGUCCAAAAGGGCACUAUCGGGCUCCAGGAGACCUGUGCUGCCAGAUGUGUGAGCCAGGAACGUUCCUAGUGAAGGACUGUGAUGAGCAUGGAAAGGCUGCUCGGUGUGAGCCGUGUGUACCAGGGGUCUCCUUCUCCCCAGACCACCACAGCCGGCCCCACUGUGAGAGCUGUCGGCACUGUAACUUUGGUCUCCGCCUUCGCAACUGCACCAUCACUGCCAAUGCCAAGUGUACCUGCCCCAAAGACUGGCAGUGCCGUGACAAGGAGUGUACUGAGUGUGAUCAGCUCCCAAACUCCCUGUUGACUACUCAUCUGCCUCAGGCCCUGGGCCCUCACUCACCAUUAAUCAGCUUACCUUACACUGAAAAGAUGGCUGAGGCCGGGCCCAUGCAGACUCUGGCUCAUUUCAGACAGCUGUCUGCCCCUGCACUCUUGAAUCACUGGCCACCUCAGAAGUCCCUGUGUAGCUCAGACUGUAUCCGCAUCUUUGUGAUCCUCUCUGGAAUGCUACUUACUGUCAUCCUGGGUGGAGUCCUGUUCCUCCACCAACAAAGAAAAUAUGGACCAAACAAAGGAGAAUGUCCAAUGGAACCUGCAGAGCCUUAUGCUUACAGCUGCCCCAGAGAGGAGGAGGGUGGUGUCAUUCCUAUCCAGGAGGAUUACCGCAAACCGGAGCCGCUGCCUACCCCUGAGCUUGCCUGCUAA